AUGGAAUCCUCUGGCGCAGACAAGGGCUUCUUUCAGAAGAAACCGGUCCUUCCGAACCAGUUUUACGACGAUGCCUCGUUCCAGCGAUGCUUCAAGUUCUUCCUGCCCGCUAAUGUGAGGGCCAAGAGCGAGGCCGACGUUGCCGCCCUGGGCCACGAUGUCCUCACCGACCAGAUUUUUGCGUGGGUUACCGAUGCCGAACGUAAUCAGCCGUACGUUCGAGGCAGCGGGCGCGAUGUCUUUGGCCAGCGGGCUGGCGAGUUGAUCUGCACCGAGGGAUGGAGGGAACUCCAGAACUUUGGCAUUACCAAAGGAUUGGUGGCUACUGGCUACGAAACUCCGUAUGGAGCGUUCGCACGGCCUCUUCAGUUCCUCCGCUCGCACCUCUGGGUUGCUUCCUGUGCCAACGUCGGUUGCCCUUCUGCCAUGCAGGAUGGCGCCGCAUGCCUGCUCAAGAAGCACCUCUCGAACCCCAAGCUCUCUGCUCAGCUGUCGUCUGAGCAGCGGAAGGUGUUUGAAGAUGCCUACAAGCGACUUACGUCUCGAGACCCAGCUGUCGCCUGGACUAGCGGCCAGUGGAUGACGGAGCGACCUGGAGGCAGCGACGUCUCCCGGACUGAGACGACUGCCGUUCAUCAGCCCAGAAAUGUCGGCCUUGCGUCCAAGCAGCAACAACUCCCGCUCGGACCCUGGAGCAUCAACGGCUUCAAGUGGUUCUCCAGCGCAACCGACUCCCGCAUGACGGUCCUGCUCGCACAGACCCAAAGUGGACUGUCCGCCUUCAUGGCUCCCAUGCGAAAGCACGAUCCCACGGCUACAACCAUGACGGGCCAGCCCCUUACCGACGGGGAGUGCCUCAACGGAGUGCAGAUUUCGCGCCUCAAGAGCAAGUUUGGCACGCAGUCGCUUCCCACCGCAGAGCUUGUGCUGGAGGACAUGCGCGGCUGGCUCGUCGGCCAAGAGGGCCGAGGUAUCCACGAGAUCACCGCCAUUCUCAACUUGACGAGAAUCCACUCGGCCAUCAGCGCCGUCGGCAGCAUCGGCCGUGGACUGGGCGUCGCGAGAGCUUACACGCUCGUGCGAGAGAUCGGAGCUGGAAAGGGCGCACGCAUCAGGCUGGUUCAGAGCUCCCUGCACAUGCGAACCCUGGCCAAGAUGACGGCAGAGUACCACGGCCUGAUGCUUCUCAGUUUCUUCGCGUCGUACACUCUCGGAAUCACGGAGCACCCCGGCGACAAGCCCGCUACGCCUGCCCUCGCUGCCCUCACACCCGAUGCCAAGCUGGCUGAGCCGCUGUUGCGUGUGCUGACGCAACUCACCAAGGCCUACGUCUGCAAAGCUUCGAUCCCGCUCAUGUUUGCCUGCAUGGAGGCUCUCGGCGGCGUGGGCUACCUGUGGAACGCCGAGGCCGAGUACAUGAACCUCGGCCGCGUAUUCCGCGACAUGAGCGUCGGAGCCAUCUGGGAGGGCACAACUGACGUGCUGUGCACGGACUUCGUCAGGGCGCUCAAGCAUCCCAAGGGCGGCGCCGACUCCCUGGCGGCGUUGGAGGAGGUCAUCAAGAAGGGGAGCGCGUUCCAGGGCAAGCUGCCAAAGCCGAGUGGCUGGGAUCCCGUGUCGCAGUUCAACAAGCUCAAGGCGCGGUUCGGCGAGCCGCAGGCAGAUCUCAUGGGAGAGGGCAGGGAGCUCCUCUGGGGUGUGGCCGACAGUCUGGUCUCGGUGCUGCUGUAUGUUGACGCCGCCACGGACGGCAACGCAGCGACUGCGGAUAUUUUGCAUCGCUUCCUGGAAAGCAAGUUUGGCGUGGCGCGGACGCGGGGCAGUCCGAAGGAGGAACUGGACAAGGAUCUGGCCAUUGUGUAUGGCACGGACGGAGUUGCGGCAAAGCUGUGA